ACACGACGUAGAGGUGAUAGUGUGGUGAUUAGAGGUGUUUUUAGAGUAUAAAGAGGGGGUGUAAGUGAGGGAGUUUAGCGCCAAGUUAAAUCCACUCCUCUUUCUGACGUUGAUGCUUUAAGUCAUCUGUUCUUCUCUCUGCAAGGCGCCAGAUCAGCUCAGAGGAACUACUAACCAGGCCUGGAUACACAUCACAUCCUGAGGAGAAAGACAGACAACAACAAGAUCAUAUUUAUACUUUUUAAACGUGGAUAAAGAGUGGACUUCAAGCUGUAAUCUUGAGGUUUACUCUGAAGCUGACACAUAACCCCUCUCUUGAGUAUAAUGCGAGGAAAACGGGAAGACACAGAACCGAAGUCUGCGCCCAAAGAAACUACGCUACGACCGAGAAAGAGGAAGGCAGAUGUUGCCAUUUAUUUACAAGAUGUGGAUGACGAGGUCGCGGAGAUGACAAAGAAGAAGCAGCGUGAUUGUGAGCUGGGCUGGAGUCCUAAUGCUGGUUAUACCAGUCCACAGAGGUGUAUCCCCACACCUGAUCAGGAAGAGGACCAACCAGUUUCCCUGAUAAACGCUGGUUUCCCUCACUACAACUUUAACAACGUGUUUGUAACACCGGUGCGCUGUGCCCCGCUUCCUGCUCUGUGCUGGGCCAGUAAGGAUGUGGUGUGGAACAACAUGUUGGAGAAGGAUAAGACCUACACAAGGGACGUCCACGUGAUGGAGAAACAUCCUCAUCUGCAGCCCAAGAUGAGGGCCGUUCUCCUGGACUGGCUCAUGGAGGUCAGCGAGGUGUACAAACUGCACAGGGAAUCCUACCAUCUCGCUCAGGACUACUUUGAUCGCUUCAUGGCCACACAGAGAAAUGUCUUCAAGUCAACGCUGCAGCUCAUAGGCAUCACCUGUCUCUUCAUUGCUGCCAAAGUAGAGGAGAUGUAUCCUCCCAAGGUCCACCAGUUUGCCUAUGUUACAGACGAAGCCUGCACGGAAGAUGAGAUUCUCAGUAUGGAAAUCAUUAUUAUGAAGGAGCUGAAUUGGAGUCUCAGUCCACAGACUCCCAUCUCCUGGCUCAAUGUUUACAUGCAGGUGGCCUACCUGAAAGAGACGGACGAGCUGCUCAUCCCCAAAUACCCCCAGAAUACCUUCACACAAAUCGCAGAGUUGUUGGACCUGUGUAUGCUAGAUGUGCGUUGCCUUGAGUUUUCCAAUGGCAUCCUUGCUGCUUCAGCCCUGUUUCACUUCUCCUCUCUGGAGCUGGUGGAAAAUGUCUCCGCUCUGAAGAGGGUGGAGGUCGAGCAGUGCGUGAGAUGGAUGGUGCCGUUCGCCAUGGCGCUGCGGGAGGUUGGUGGGUCGUCUAUGAAAACGUUCACAGGAAUCGCCGCAGAUGACAUGCACAACAUCCAGACCCAUGCCUCCUACAUUACAUGGAUGGACAAGGCCUUCUCUUACCAGGAUGUGGAGUUAGAGCGUCACGGCAACUGUCCGGUACCUUCAGGCGUCCUGACUCCACCCCAGAGCAGCGAGAAAACCGAAGAGCUGGACCGAGUGGAUGCCGCUAUGUUGAAAAUCAGGCCCAGGAUUUGUACUCCAUCCCCAGAACUGCACCUUCCAAAGUAGUGAAUUAAACACUGAAACUGACGACACAAGAUGACAGCAACUUGACUCUGAACAGCGGCGCCUCUGCAGUACCAGUACACGCAUGUACGAUGGAUGUUCAGUGAAAAACAUUGAUGGAAAUUGUAUUUUUUUUCCUUUCAAAGUCGUGCUAAUUACUUGGAUCCAGAUGCUUUUUAAAUGUCUCUGUAGUGGGUGCACACAACGACUUUGACUAAAUUGGGGAAACACUGACACACAGUGAGCAAAUGGUUUUGGAUGGGCCCUAUCCCCACAGGAAUCCUAGCUAUUUAACCCUCCAGUUUAGAUGAAAACACAAAGCAAAGGGCUGUUAGGGAUGGGACGGCUCCAGAAGAUUUUUGUUUUUGAAUAGAAUUGCACCCAAAUGCUUGCAUUAAUUACCAACCACACCUACAUUUUGUGGUUGCCAUUUUUAUUUUUCUAUGCAGAGGCCAAAUUGAAUGGACAUUUUACAGAGUCUCUACUUGAUUUAGAGUGAGUGUGUGUGUGUGUGUGUGUGUGUGUGUGUGAGAGAGUUUGGGGAAGGAGGAUGAGUGCUGUUUUUAAUCUAUCAGUGGCCUCAUUUGCCCAAAAAACUAUUCCUAGGGCCAUAUUUGGCUCUCUGUGCUGCUAUAAAAGUGGGCUUUGCAUGAUGGAGGGGGGAAGACGGUGUGCAUGUGUAUGUAUGAAUGUCUGUGUGAAAUAGUGUGUGUGCUCUUGUUUUUGGUUCUACUCUUUUGCUUAGGGACCAGUAGCUUGGCUACCUAAAUGGACAAGUGAACCAGCCAGGCUUCAGAAGCUAAAGUAUUGAUUGUAUUUAACUUUUAUUUUUAUCUCAACCUGCGGUUUGUUUUCCCCACCACCAAAAUGUAAGAUUUCUAUUUGACUUUUUAAAAAUAAAAUGCUGCUACAUAUUUUCCAUGAAUGACUGUAUCUGAGGACUUUUAAUUAAACGGUCUUUUGUUGUGUUGUGGA